CAGCGGUGCACGAGAGCGAGUGGGAGUAGUCGCGUCGCCGUGCCGGUUCUUCUUCAAGCCGCCAGUUCUAAUCCGGCUCUCGUACAGCGCAGUCGUCCGAGCAGGCUUCCGGUGCGUAUCGCCACUACCGGAGCGUAACGUCGACCUCUGAACAUUUUGUUGUUAUCGUGCAACGGUUGUCCUGACAACGGUACAAACAAUCGAUAGCACCAGACGCUAGUGCAAGUGUGGUGAAAGACAUGAGUGAUUUUUGAAAAAAAAUCGAAAAAUUUUUUACUAUGGAGAAGGCGAUUUUGGGAUUGUUGGUGCUGGGGGGGCUCUGCGCGGGGUUGGAGCUGAGGAACGGGGCCUACGAGGACUUCGUGGUGCGGAUCACCGAGGGCGUCCCCGUCAAGGACUGCAGGAUCGUCCUUGAUAACCUGGAGGAAACCCUUACAACUGCGUCGCAAUACCUGUUCUCGGCCCUCGACAGCCGGGCCUUCUUGCGAUCGGCAACUGUCUUGCUUCCGCCAACAUGGCCGGAUUCGUGCGCAUCCUCGCCGGUGGCUUCCGGCUCGGGUGAAGCCCCUGACGUGACGGUGUUGCCGAGAGGGCCCACGCGGGGGAGGAUUUUCACGCAGCAGUCGCUAGGGUGCGGCCAGCCCGGGGACCAGAUCUACUUAGCCUACGAAAGUCUGAUGCAAAGGGACGGGACUUUGGCGCGCUCGCUGGUGAAGGAGUUCGCGAUGUACCGCUACGGCGUCUUCGAGGAGCAAGGUUACUAUAGUGACCCGAUCUACCCGAUGUGUUUCUAUGAUGACCAGAACAAGAAAGCGAAAGCGACUGGGUGUUCGGACCACCCCAUCAACGACUUGGGAAUUUGCACCUCCGACUCCAAAACUCCCUAUAACACCACGAAAAUGGUGUCAGCGGUGGCCCGCAGCUCCAUCAUGUUCGCAGCUGAAGCUCCUCAAGUGUCCAUGUUUUGCGACGACGGCAACCAUGACCGGUUCGCACCCACCAAACACAAUUCCAUGUGUCAGAGACGAAGCGUCCUAGACGUCAUUCUCAAACACCAGGACUUCAACUCAAACAAUCAAAUCAACAACGUGAACAACGACCAACUAGUAGACACCACGAUUAGAAUCACCUACAAGAAGCAAAAUUUAACACGAUAUGUCUUCGUCUUGGAAAACACCAAAGAUAUGAUGCAGAGGGACUCCUGGAACUACCUUCGUCUGGCUUUGAAGUACUGGGCUUUGACCACCAUGCCCGACAAUAGCGAAGUUGGAAUAGUUUUAGCCGAAGAUACCUCAAAGAAGCUCUUGGACAUCGUCUCCGUCAAAAACAACAACAAAGACGAAGGUAGCAACAGAGACAAGUUCUACUCGAAAAUCCCCUACACACCUACUGAUACUUUGCGCCCGGGUUGCCUAGAUUGUGCUAUCAAAGACGCCGCAGACAUGUUAAUCGAACGAACGAAGAACCACGGAGCCGCUAAUAACGUCAUCGUAGUAAUAGCGGCCGGAAUGAACCCCAGCGAACAACUAACCAAAGUUAUGGAAAAAGUAAAGAAGGCGAAGAUUAAAGUUGCUACGAUCACGUACCCUACGAUGAUGCGCAGCGAUCUUUUGAACCCUCUGGCUGAACAAACCGGAGGCGUGGCUUACACAGUCUUCGAACGCAAACUUAACGUCGAUACCACCCUUCUGUCCACCUACUUCGAACUAAAAAACGCCCUUAAUGACAUAGUGCAGCGGUUCUACUCUGGAACCAUCGCAGACCUACCCAUCGAGAUCCACCGCCGCGAAAUCACAGACGACGGGCGAAGUUCCAUCACUGGAAGCUUCAUGUUUGACACCACCGUAGGCAAACCAUCACAGUUCACCUUCUUCACCCACAACUCAGUCACGCCUUUAAUCAAAAGUCUGAAACUAGUGAGUCCAAGUCUCCAAACCUUCUCAGAACGGAACGACCGGUACCUGGACUUGAAAAUGAUCCGAUUGACCGCAAAUAUCUCUGAAAGUGGUACCUGGACCUACUCUGUCGAGCCGUACCCCGGUAACCCUCAACCACACUUUCUCCAAGUGACUGCAACCCCCAUUUCGGCCACCGCGCCAGUGGUGAGGGCCCGCUUCUGGACCCACAAAAACCAACCGAACGGGCCUCUAAUCCUUCUGGUUGAAGUGAAAAAGGGUGAAAUUCCGGUCUUAGGAGCUAAGGUUGAAGUAACCGUGACCAAACCCGAAAUUAAUGGGUCGUACCCUCACAAAAACCAUUUGGAACUACUAGACACUGGUGCGGGCGAUCCCGAUAUCACUAAAGGUGACGGGGUCUACACAAGGUACUUCAGCGCUAGUGACUCCGGGCCAGGGUUAUACAACUUCGAAGUCGUCGUUACCGAUAAUGGUAACACAGCAUACACCUGGACUGACUCAGCUAAAUUUGAUGACAAUAAACCUUGCUGCGGCUCAACCAUAGCUUCCUCAGGAGUCACCCCAGUCUCCCCCUUCCAACGCGUCUUACCAAAAAUAACCAUGAUGGUAACCUCCCAAGAUAUCGCAGCCGAAGGUCAAGUUCCCGCGGGACGCAUCGGCGAUUUAAAAUCACACGUCAUUCCAGAAGAUAUGAAGGCGCGUCUUAGUUGGACUGCGCCUGAUAUGAGUGGUCACACAGUUUCUCGGUACGACAUCAAGUACGCCAGUUCGGUCCAAGACAUCACUGAUGGUUUUGAAACUGUGGCAAAAUCGUGGGAUAAUGCUCAGCCUUUCCCCUUGGCACCGGGUUCUGAAACCACCUUCACCAUUGACAUGUCACAGAACAAGGACCUUCUAGAUAAACCUCUGUAUUUUGCGAUCAAAGCAUAUCCCAAGUUUUCGUCAGACUUGAGUGGACCUGUGUCCAACUGGAUUCGGGUUUUGGUACCUUCACCACCGCCACCACCAACGGUGCCACCCACCUCUCCGUCACACGAACAACCCUUCUGGCCUAACAGUAACGCCAAUUCCGUGGGGGUGAACCCAGUGAGUCCUAGCAUAUCCAAAACGAUGGGGGUUGGGUUGGAAUUGAUCCUUCCAAUAGUGAUAGGUUUUAUUCUUUUGAUCAUCCUCUUGAUCGUGUAUUGUUACUUCUGUAUUUUGAAAAAACGCCACCACCGGGACCACCAUAAAAAGUCCAGUGGGUCAAUCAAGAAUGAUAAGUUAUCGUCGACCAUCACCAUCGUUCCGAGUAGUCCGCAGAACGUCCCGCAGACCCAGAAUACUUACGCGGCUGCCGAUAUGCCAGAUCCUCACCAGAUCGGGGUACCCGUGAAGUACGAAUACGAAGAAGAUACGAAGAAAAGGUACUCUUUGGUUAAUCAGCAAGAACAACAACUGAUUGAAGAGUUGAAGCAGCAACAGAUGGCACAACGGGAGUUGGGGACUCCUAAUAACGGGUACCAAGGGUUGAGUGUCAUCUCUAGUAGUACCUUGAACCGCAACGGUCACACCCUCAGUCCGUACAACUCCUGGAGUGCCUCUCAGCUUUUGCACGAACAUGAACGUCGACACAGCCCCCUUGAAGCCAUGGACGACCAAAUGAGCCCCCAUCAAGAUUUAAUGAUGACCGCCCCCGACCACAUGUCCCUCAAUGGGCAAAAUAUGGACCACAUGAGUUUGAACGGGCACCACGUUCCUGAUCAUUACCAAAGCCAGCACGUGCCGCCUCCAGUGCCGCCACUACCCGCCUUCAAUAAUGGUUACCCAGUCAACUACAACAUAUACGGGGUGCACCAAGGCAACCAACAAGGUCACCCCAUCUACCAGUCUAUGCAAAGGAGCGGCGAACCUCUCGUUCCUUUUAACCCGAGUCUGCAAGGAUCCUUGUCUUCUGUUAACAGUGGUGAUAAGAAAAGACGGAAUGUGACGAUGGUGUAACGGUGCGUGAUCACAAAAACUUGCACGACGACGUAUUUAUAUGAUGUGUAAUUUUUUUGUUGGACUUUUUGUAAAUUUUGUUUGCUAGUCAAUGUUGAUGUACGUUUUAUAAUGUAAAGCCAGUACUUAGGUGUAAGAUUAUUUGUAGUUUUAUACAAAUUUUAUUUGAUGAGACUGAUCUCGGAGUUUUUAUGUAGCCAAUGUGGGUCGCCGUUCUGUAAUCGCGUUUGUAUGUUAGCUACAUGGAGUGUAUAUAGUAGUGCGUAGGUUAGGAGUAUGACAGAUGUGUAUAUAUUUUGAUAUUGUUUUUGUAAUUUCUAAAUAACUACGCAAUAAAUAAGAUAUUCAGUU